AUGGCUGAAGUUGUUAAUUGUCCAUGCGCGAGCAGCCCAAGACAAUUGGCUCGUCUCACCAAUAAUCCGAGAAAUCGGCAAGCUGAAAUGAAAACAAGGUUGUUACAAAUCAUUUAUGCUAAUCCUUUUUCAGGUUUGGAUCAUGAGGAUCCAUACAAUCAUCUCACAAAAUUCUAUGAGAUUGCUGGUACGUUAGGUGCACCAGAAGCUGAAGAAGAAGUUGUCUUCAUGAGGUUAUUUCCGCACUCUUUGAUCGGAAAAGCAAAGGACUGGUAUCUCAACCAACCGCCUGAAACCAUGACCAAUUGGAAUGUCUUGGAAGAGAAUUUUCUGAACAGAUUUUUUCCACAUAAUCGAUUCAUGGAUGCAAAAACAGCAAUUGCAACAUUUACCCAACAUACAACGGAAACCCUUUGUGAAGCCUGGGAACGUUACAAGUCUAUGUUACGCAAAUGUCCAAACCAUGGUUUCGACAAUCUCACACAGAUUCAUAUUUUCCGUAAUGGAUUGCAGCCGCAGCCAAAGCUUUUAAUUGAUGCAACUUCAGGUGGUUCUUUACUGUCCAAAAGUGCAGAAGAAGCAGUUUCUAUUAUCAACCGUAUGGCUCUCAAUGAUCAUCAGGUCCAGUACAAUAGAGGAACGCAAAAGAAAUCUGGUAUUCUUGAGUUGGAUAUGAAUGAUGCGAUAUUAGCACAAAACAAGCUUCUCACUCAAACCGUAGAAGAGUUAACAAAGAAACUUUCCAAACUUCCACAACAGUUGAAACAAAUGCACGAAACACCUAAACCGCAACAAGUAGCUCUCUGUGAACUUUUCACAGGUGACCGUCCAACCGGUUUUUGUCCACCUAUCAAUGAAGAGGUGAAUUAUAUGGGAAAUCAGCAACAAAGGCAGGUUCCGUACAAUCAAGGUUAUUCGCACAAUAACAACGCAAGCUAUGGCCAAAGUCAAAAUAGAUCAAAUCAAUACCAAAGUUACACGCAGCCAGACAAACUUUCAAAGAUAGAGGAUACCUUGAAUCAAUUUAUGCAACUGUCCAUGUCAAACCAGAAAAACACUGAUGCGUCGAUUAGAAAUCUUGAAACGCAAGUUGGGCAGAUUGCAAAACAACUAAGUGAGCAACAAAGAGGUACGUUUUCUGCCACCACUCAAGUUAAUCCCAAGGAAACCUGUAACGCAAUCACGACGAAAGCGGGUGAUAUAGUCCAAGACAAAGUUGGGGAGAAUUCAAAAGGCAUAGCUGUGGAGAAAAAUCAAGAAAAAGGAAAACGUAAGGAGGAGGAAGAAAACAAUGCGGAUCCUGGAAAAAUUACCUUACCGGUUACCAUUGGAAAUAUCUAUUUUGAUAAUGCUUUGGUUGAUCUUGGAUCAAGCGUCAAUCUUCUUCCAUUAUCCGUCGUGAGAAAGAUUGAACAUCUUCACUUGAACCCUACAACAAUGAAGUUGCAACUUGCUGACAAAUCAACCACAGAACCAAUUGGCGUAAUGAAAGAUGUAAUGGUCAAAGUGGAUGGUUUUCGAUUUUCAACUGAUUUUGUGAUAAUAAGCAUGAACAAUGAUGAAGAAAAUCCUCCUAUCUUAGGUCGUCCAUUCAUAAAAAUAGCAAGAAUGAUGAUUGAUGUGGAUGAAGGCAAGAUGAAAGUAAGGUACAAAGAUGAAGAAGUCAACUUCAAAUUGUUUCAACACAAAGAGGAUGGCUAUUCCAAAGCUAAAGCUCUUGAUGAAAAAUGCCUGAUAUUGAAAAAGAUAAAUGGUAAAGAAAGGCCAAAUGAUAGUGGCAAGGACGUUUUGACGAAUUCAUACAAACCACCGUAA